AUGUCUGCAGAAGGACCUUAUGAUAUCAACUUUUGCUUUCCAAUCCCAGAGGCUUUGGAAAGCGAACGUGUUAAAUUAACACCACUCAUACCCUCGAAGCACGCGGAGACAUUUUUCUCUGCAACAAAGUUACAUCCCGAGAUAUUCACAUACCUUCCAUUCGGACCUUACGAAGCCGUCGGCGAUUUUGUCGAUACACUGAUUGAAGGGCGUAUCCGCAAGAAUCCGGGCGAAACUCUUUUUGCGAUCUUUGACAAAACGAGACGCGCGAGUGUCACGAAUGAAGUAGAAGAUGAUAGCGCCCUCGCUGGAUUAGUUGGCCUACUCAAUUCUUCCCCGACGAAUCUCGCAAUUGAGAUUGGAUUUAUCAUGAUCCUACCCUCAUUCCAACGCACACACGUUACUUCAAACGCAGUCGGACUUCUUCUCCACUACGCGCUUGAUUUACAUGUUGACGGUGGCCUCGGCUUGCGACGCGCAGUGUGGCAAGCGAAUGCGCUCAAUGAAGCCAGUGUUCGCUCGGCCGAGCGCAUGGGGUUCAAGCUGGAAGCUGUUUUGAGGUGGGAUAGAGUCUUGCCGAUUGGUAAGGAUGAUGCCGGGAAUAAGAAAAGUGAGAGAGAUGGUGAUCCGAGAGCAGGGUGUGUGGGAAGAGAUACGGCGAUGUUGAGCAUUUGUUGGGAUGACUGGGAAAGCGGAGGAAGGGAGCGUGUUGAUGCGAUAAUGGCUAGGCUAAAGUAG